CCCUGAAGGAGCCGGGCGCCAUGGCAGCUGAGGCCCUGGCGGCUGAGGCCGUAGCUUCGCGCCUGGAGAGGCAGGAGGAGGACAUCCGCUGGCUGUGGACCGAGGUCCAGCGCCUGAGGGACGAGCAGCUGAACGCGCCCGAUCGGUGCCAGGCGGAGGGGCCGUGCCUCACGCGGGAGGUGGCGCAGCUCCGGGCCGAGAACCGCGACCUGCGCCACAGGCUGUAUCGCCUGCGGCUGUGCCUGGCGGAGGAGUUGAGCCAUCAGGCCAAGCUAGAGAGUGCGGCGCGGGCGGCUGCGGCGCACGGGGAGGCCGAGCGCGCGGCUGCGGGCGCGCAGCCUCCUUCUAGUCAAAGCCAAGAAAAGGACAUUAAAAAGGAGAAAUUGAAGGAACAUGGACCUGACAGUGAGGUGAAACAACCAAAUUUUAUAAAAGAAAGGCUGGAACUUUUUGAAACCUUGAAGAAAGAACAUCAGCUUUUGCAUGCUAUGUGUGAAACAAAGGAGAAUGCAAGCAAUGUGAUAGCAGUAAGACUGGCUGAUGGGAAAACAGUGGAAGGGGAAAUUUGGAAAACAACACCAUAUAAUGUGGCUGCUGAGAUUAGUCAAGAACUGGCUGAAAACACAGUAGUUGCCAAGGUAAAUGGUGAAUUAUGGGACCUGGACCGCCCAUUGGAAGGAGAUUCCACUCUAGAGCUGCUGAUGUUUGAUAAUGAGGAAGCUCAAGCUGUAUACUGGCACUCCAGUGCUCAUAUUCUUGGGGAGGCCAUGGAAAUUUACUAUGGAGGCCACUUGUGCUACGGCCCACCCAUCGAAAAUGGAUUUUAUUAUGACAUGUUCAUUGGAGACAGAGCAGUGUCCAGCACUGAGUUGUCAGCCCUGGAGGACAUAUGUAAAACCAUCAUAAAAGAAAAGCAGCCUUUUGAAAGAUUGGAAGUCAGCAAGGAAAUGCUUCUGGACAUGUUUAAGUAUAAUAAAUUUAAAUGCCGAAUUCUGAAGGAGAAGGUCGACACUCCAACUACCACAGUUUACAGGUGUGGUCCACUAAUUGAUCUUUGUAAAGGCCCCCAUGUAAGACACACUGGAAAAAUUAAAACCAUAAAAAUUUUCAAGAAUUCCUCAACAUACUGGGAGGGAAACCCUGAAAUGGAAACGUUGCAGAGGAUCUAUGGGAUAUCCUUUCCUGAUAACAAAAUGAUGAAAACCUGGGAAAAGUUCCAAGAGGAAGCCAAGAAUCGUGAUCAUAGGAAAAUUGGGAAGGAACAGGAACUUUUCUUUUUUCACGAUCUGAGUCCUGGAAGCUGUUUUUUCCUUCCCCGAGGAGCCUUCAUUUAUAAUACACUUAUGGAUUUCAUACGAGAGGAGUAUCACAAACGAACCUUCACGGAAGUGCUCUCUCCCAACAUGUACAACAGUAAACUCUGGGAAGCCUCGGGCCACUGGCAGCAUUACAGUGAGAACAUGUUCACCUUUGAUAUUGAAAAGGACACCUUUGCUCUCAAACCCAUGAAUUGUCCAGGGCACUGUCUGAUGUUUGCUCAUCGUCCACGAUCUUGGAGGGAAAUGCCAAUUAGAUUUGCUGAUUUUGGAGUUCUUCACAGAAAUGAACUGUCAGGGACUUUAAGUGGCUUAACCCGGGUCAGGCGCUUCCAGCAGGAUGAUGCUCAUAUCUUCUGCACGGUGGAGCAGAUUGAAGAAGAAAUAAAGGGGUGUUUGCAGUUUUUACAAUCAGUUUACUCAACAUUUGGCUUCUCCUUUCAAUUAAACCUGGCCACAAGGCCAGAAAACUACCUUGGAGAAAUUGAGAUGUGGGAUGAAGCUGAAAAGCAACUGCAGAAUAGCUUGAUGGAAUUUGGAAAACCAUGGAAAAUGAACCCAGGAGAUGGAGCAUUUUAUGGCCCUAAAAUUGAUAUAAAAAUCAAGGAUGCUAUUGGCAGAUACCACCAAUGUGCUACAAUUCAGCUGGACUUCCAACUGCCUAUUAGAUUUAAUCUUACAUAUGUUAGUAAGGAUGGGGAUGAUAAGAAGAGACCUGUGAUCAUUCACCGAGCAGUGUUGGGAUCAGUGGAAAGAAUGAUAGCCAUUCUUGCAGAAAACUAUGGGGGGAAAUGGCCUUUCUGGCUAUCUCCUCGUCAGGUGAUGGUCAUCCCUGUGGGUUCAACUUGUGAAGAAUAUGCAGUUCAGGUAUCCAAUGAAUUUUUUGAAGAAGGAUUUAUGGCCGAUGUUGAUUUAGAUGACAGUUGUACACUGAAUAAGAAAAUAAGAAAUGCACAGUUGGCUCAAUAUAAUUUUAUUUUGGUGGUUGGAGAAAAAGAAAAGAUAAAUAAUGCUGUAAAUGUUCGAACAAGAGACAACAAAAUUCAUGGAGAGAUUUCAGUAACUUCUGCCAUUAAUAAAUUGAAGAAUCUCAAGAAAUCACGUACACUAAAUGCUGAGGAAGACUUUUAAAGUGCUUUCCUUGUACUUGCUUCUAUGUAAUCUAUUUUGACCUUUGCAAAUGUAUUUUUCCUAACUAACAUGUUAGAACUUCUAAGAACUUUGGACCCACUGAUGGAUCCACUCAUGGGAUCAGUUGAAAUGGGUCACAGUGAAUGAUUAGCAUAUAUGUAUAAAGUUAAUUCAUUAAUGUGUUCUGAAGAUGAUAAGA